GCUAUAGUGCUGUGCUAAUUGCUCUCGCGAAAAAAACGGUUUUUAAACAAUAUUUUUUUAUAAAUUGCAAUAUCCGCUUUAAGUUAAGUUAUAAAGUUCUCCGGGUAAAAGAAGGAAAACAAAAAAGAUUCCUCGGAUGAAGUUUAAAUUUACACAAAUUUAAUUUUCCAACGAUUUUAGUUUUAAGUUUUUUUUUAAUGUUAAAAAUGUCGUUUGAAUUUUGUAAAUUUAAUUGUGAAACAUUCUGCGAGAUAAAAUUCGACCACAGGAAUAUUGUGCGAAAAGUUAUUUAAAAUUCUUUAAGAAAUUACUUAAUCAUACUUAAAAAAAAUAUCAAACUACAGUUUAAGAGAAUUAGUGAAAAAUUAAUAGAUUUAACCUAAAAUUUUAAAUAAAAUCCGUAAAUUUUGAAACAAACCGAAAUAAAAGUAAUUACAAAAAAAAAACGUAUUAUUCGGAUUCCAUUUGCAACUUUAGUCUGAUAUUUGCUUUUAUUUCCUUGGAAUAAAAUAACCAGGAAAAAUAUAAGACAAAGGGCAAGGUGUGAAAAAUGGAACAAUUCGAACAGCUGUUAACGUGUUGCGUGUGUCUGGAUAGAUAUCGUAAUCCGAAAUUGCUACCAUGUCAGCAUUCUUUUUGUAUGGAACCAUGCAUGGAGGGAUUGGUUGAUUAUGUUCGGAGACAAGUCAAAUGUCCAGAAUGCCGUGCAGAACACCGUAUACCAUAUCAAGGCGUGCAAGCGUUUCCCACAAAUGUCACCUUGCAACGCUUUCUGGAGUUGCAUAUCGAAAUCACUGGAGAGCUGCCGGAUCCAACAUCUGGUCAAGUGAUGGAGCGCUGUAAUGUUUGCUCGGAGAAGGCAUACCUGUCGCCUUGUGCCCAUUGCGACAAGAAGAUUUGUGAGGACUGCAAAAGUGCUCACAUGGACAUUUUGAGACGUGAAAUCACCCGGAUCAAUAGUCAGAUUCGUCGCAGUCUUCAUCGUUUGCAAGAUUCCUUGGCAGUGAUUGAAAAGAACACCUUGAGCUUGCAGACGAAUUGCAUUAGUGUCUCAGAGGAGAUUGAUGAGAUCUAUAGGCGGGUCACUAAAGCAAUUAAGGACCGGUCUGAGCAUCUCAAGGGUGAAAUCGAUCGCUAUCUUACAACGGAACUGAGAAAUUUGACAUCGUUGAAGGAAAAUCUCGACUCCGAGAUAAAUAAUAUCGCCAGUAAUUGCGAUGUGGCCGAUAAGUACAUGAACGAGACGGUCGAAUGGGAUGAUUGCGAGCUGAUGGACACCAAGGAGAUUUUCUUGAAGACCGUUGAAUUUCUCAGGAACUUUGAGUACGAAAACGCUGAUUACAGCCGACGAGUCCGAUUCCUUGUAUCCAUUGAUCCGAAUCAGUUGGUCAUGAAUUUGGCCACUUUUGGUGAUUUGAAUAUAACGCCACAUGCACAGACCAAUAGUGCUGCUAGCAGUUCACAUCUGGCUCCACCCAGUACUUUGCAACCGGGACUGAUGAGAUCGAAGAGUGACCAUCGAUUGGCAACCCAGUUCCGUCAGCAGGAAGAACGAGGCUAUGACGAUGAGCCAGCUUUGGGCGGAAGGAAGUUCGGUGAGCGAAGGGAACGCUACGGUGGUGAAACUGGAAGUUCGAGAUACGGACGCACCGGUGGUGACUACGAUUACGACUACGAAAGUGAGCAAUCACGCCCGAGCAAGUCACGAUUCCGUUCGAGAUUCGUGCGCAGCCACCAAAACGAAGACUCCGACACCGAACCUCAGCGAGCGGUUCGUUCCGAGAAGGAUGUCAAGGAUCGUGAUCGUGUCCUUGACACCGAGGACGUGUCACGUGGUCAGUUGAGUGGUAUUAUUCGGUUAUGUGACUGUCCAAGAGUCAUCAAACGCCUCAAUGAACAAGGCAAGGAAAAAAAGGAGAAGAAGGAAACUCCCGCUGCCACUCCAGCUGCUAAGCCCGCAGCAGUAGGGCGCAAAACCAUCCCGCCAGUAGCCACUCGGCAGAUAUCCGAGGAAGAUGAAAUCAGUCGAAUUAAGCGACAAAAUAAGGGAGCAACAUCGACCGCUUCAGCUGCUUCUACAGCCACAACCGUAGCCGAACCAGAUCGACCAACUGCCGAUCGUGUUGCCGCCUUGAAACGCAACACCGCUUCAAGCAACACCACUUCAGCUACCAGCGAGGAGAGCGACAGUUCCCAUCGGGCAUCUCCGGCCCGCCGGACACCUUCAAGGGCUGAGGCUGACAGCGAUUCUGAAGAAGAAUCUGAUGGAUCAAUUACAUCUCCUCAACAGUCGAAACCACCAACUCCAGCUGCGGUGACAGCUGUCAAAAAACCAACUCGCUCAGCCAGCAGUGAUUCAACCGCUUCAACUGAGAGUUCAAGUUCGGCAGCGACUCCAUCAAAAUCUGCAACCACAACUGCAGCAGCAACAACCUCAGACACAACAUCAAGGUCCCGCUACACCCCAAGGGAAUCGACAGUCCGUGAGACCUCAACUCCACGUGGUCGUGCUGAAAGUGUCACCGCCACACCAGUCCCCGAAAAGAAGCCAUUUGUAAGUCGCUUCUUGCCACAACACACUCACACCACACCCGAGAAGAAAAAGGCUGAAUCCGAGUCGAGCACCGAAGAAGAAACCUCAACCGAGGAGUCCGAAGAUGAAGCCAGCAAAAAGCCACCAGUUAAGACUCCAGCUGCACCAGCCUCAACCAGUGCAACCACUUAUAGGGAACGUCUUGAGGCACGACGUAAUUCACGAGACGAUUCCAAUCGGCCUUCCGGAUACACUCCAAACACCAGCAGUUACGGCAGUGCAUCCUCAACUCGUAGUCGGCCAACUCCUGCAGCCCACCAUGACACAGAAGAUCGUUAUGGAGCUUCGGGAAGCAGCUAUACAAGUCGCUUUUUAAAUAAGAGCAAGAGCACUGCAAUUGUUCAGCCACCACCCGAAGAAGAUGCCAAUGGAACCGGAGACGAUUCGGAUAGCCGCUAUGGUACAGGUCGGUCUCGUUAUCUUGCAAUGAAGGAACGCCGCAAUCGAUUGGCACGCAGUCGAUCAUCCCAUACAUUGGGAAAUGAUGAUGAGGAUAUUGAUGAACCUGUAUCGCCAACAACAGCUUCACCAUCUGCUUAUUUAGCUUCAAGAUACGGAGGAUCCUCAUACGGAGCCGGCUCUGACCUCUCCCGUAGUCGUUCAUCACACGCUCUUAAAUCACGUGACAAUUCACCCGACCGCAGCGCUACAGCUGCAGCAAAUAAAGAUGGCGAGGCUCUAAGCUCAUGGGCGCGAUACCUUAAGAACAAAUAUGGUAACAAGACAGUCAAGGACAGUCGUGACGCACCCUCGACCAGCAGUCAUUUGCCAUCAUCGUCGGGAACAUCAGGGACAUCAUCGUCGGCAUCGCGCCGAUUGAGCCUAGGCCUGCCAUUGCGUCAGGCAAACGAAAUUGCAUCAUCGGACGAUGAUUCAAAAAACGGGCUAGGCUCCCCUACCUCCCCUACGGUAGCAGCCGGUAUAACAGGAGUAGCAGGUACUUCCCCUAGACAGUUAUACCUACGUAAACGACAACAGCUGUUCCAAUUGGGGGGCCGGGGGAGCGAGCCCGGAUCCUUUACAUGGCCGCGCGGCCUAGCCGUCGGCCCCGACAAUAGCAUCGUGGUGGCUGAUUCAUCGAAUCAUCGCGUCCAAGUUUUCGAUUCUAAUGGCAUAUUUGUCAAGGAAUUCGGCGAAUAUGGUAACGGUGAGGGUGAAUUUGAUUGCCUAGCUGGUGUUGCUGUCAAUCGUAUUGGCCAAUACAUCAUAGCCGAUAGAUAUAAUCAUCGCAUUCAAGUCCUCGAUCCACAGGGCAGAUUCCUGAGAGCGUUUGGUUCACAAGGUACUGCGGAUGGUAAAUUCAAUUAUCCAUGGGGUGUUACCACAGAUGCCUUAGGGUUUAUCUACGUAUGCGACAAAGAAAACCACAGAGUUCAGGUUUUCCAAUCGGAUGGUUCCUUCGUUGGCAAAUUUGGUUCAUGCGGCCGGGGCGAAGGACAACUCGAACAUCCUCACUAUAUUGCCGUAUCGAAUACAAAUCGAGUAAUUGUUUCUGACUCAAAUAAUCAUAGAAUUCAGAUUUUCGAUGUCAAUGGCAAGGUUCUGUCUACUUUUGGCGGAGAAGGCUCUGACGAUGGGCAAUUCAAAUUCCCAAGGGGUGUCGCCGUCGAUGACCAGGGAUAUAUAUUUGUUGCUGAUUCUGGCAAUAAUCGCAUCCAAAUCUUCAAUCCAGAUGGAAGUUUCCUUAAGGCAUUUGGUUCAUGGGGUUCAGGUGAUUGUGAAUUCAAGGGACUCGAAGGUGUUGCUAUUAUGUCGAAUGGAAAUAUUUUGGUUUGCGAUCGCGAGAAUCACCGCAUUCAAGUUUUCUAAAUUUAAAAAAUCAUUAAUAAAAUAUCCUAUUUCAUUCAAAAUAUAUACUUGUUCGUUAAAUCGAUAUAAAUAUAAUCUUAACUCAGUCAAUUUGUAAAAAAAACACACCAAUGUUAAUGUUUGUCAUUUUUAAUUUUCUUUUUAAUUUUAUUGUUCUAAAAUAUUAAAUUGUUGCUGUUAUUUUAUGUGUACGAAAAAAGUCUUAUAAACGAAAUAAUUUAAAUCUGCUUAUUAAUUAAAAAAUGUCUCUAAAUAAAAUUUCCUUU